AGCGUUUGAUCGAUGGGCCCAGCAAAGUGUCUGAAAAGGCGCACAGACCGCGGUGAAGUCGGUUUCAAGCUGGAUAUUAGCUUUACGUUGGACAUCCAGCGUAUGUCUUUGUUCCGACGUAGAUGUUCAAAUCCAAAGUAAAACUAACUUCACCGCGGUGCAAAGCGACGUUCACUCAACAGAAUAUUAGGUAAAGUGUGGAAUUUUGCAACACGACAAUAUAAAAGAUGGAGCAUAAUUGUAAACGACGUUUGACCUACCGUCAUGUCGCACAGCCCCAUGGUGGACUGUUAAAUCUGUCGGCACGUUGCUUGGUCCUAAACGUGGCUUGGCUUUAAUUGGAAUUCCUCUCAGGAUUAUGUGGACACAAACCAAAACACCUGAACCUGUUCCAACACCACCUAGCAUGAUCUGCCUCCACGUGCCCGGAGCCACGCCAGGCAUUCAGCUGGGUUUCAAAUCAUAGAAGACACUAACAAGAUUAUUAUCCGACCAGUGAGCACACGUUUGAUGUCAACUUUCCCAAGUUACUUGUGUUUUUGGCUCUCAGGAAAUAUUUAGGAUGUGCCAGGUUUUAACCCGUUUGUUGGGAAUUGGAAGUGGCAGUUUGGACAGUCUGAACGGAUCAGCUGACAGACCUGCAGGAGCUGCUGCUGCUCCCGAGCAGAAAGAAAAAAAGACGUAUUUCUGCUGAAGAGAGUGACGUGGAAACCGGGGAAGGUUCAAACCAUGUGAGAGGCUUCGGUCAACUCCUGGGUGACUUUGACCCUGAUGACACAGGCAGGACGGCGUCUGAGCGGCGAGUCGUCUGGACGAGACGGCGAGCCUCCGCUGAUCAAAGGCUGGAUUCCUUUCGUUGGAAAGGCUCUGGAGUUCGGAAGAGAUGCCCAUAAGUUUCUUGAAGACCAUAAGACCAAGUUUGGAGACAUUUUUACAGUCCGGAUAGCAGGUAAAUACAUGACCUUCAUCAUGGAUCCUUUACUGUAUCCAAACAUCAUCAAACAGGGCCGGCAGCUGGACUUCCACGAGUUCUCCAACCAGGUGGCGCCCUUCACCUUCGGCUACCCGCCCAUCAUCACCAGGAAGUUCCCCGGCCUGCGGGAGGAGAUCGGCCGCUCCUUCCAGCUCCUCCAGGGAGACGACCUCACGGCCCUGACAGAGAGCAUGAUGGGUAACCUCAUGCUGGUGUUUCGUCAGGACCACCUGGGUGAGAGGCCGGGGGAGGAUGGCGGCUGGAAGAACGGCUGCGUGUACGAGUUCUGCAACUCGGUCAUGUUCGAGGCCACCUUCCUCACCAUGUACGGCAGGCCGGCGAGCACCAGGCGCCACAGCGGCAUGGGCGUGCUGAGGGAGGACUUCGUCCGGUUUGACACCAUGUUUCCGCUGCUUAUCGCUCAGAUCCCCAUCUGGCUGCUGGGACAGACCAAGAUGAUCCGCGAGAAGCUGAUCAACGUCUUCCUGCCGCACAAGAUGAAGUGCUGGUCCAACACUUCACAGUUCAUCAAGAGACGAGCGGAGCUGUUUGAGCAGUACGACACAUUUAGGGACGUCGACAAAGCAGGUAAGACGUUUGAUCUGGUUACUGUUCAGUUUAUGGACAACACAAGUCCUCAACCCAGACCAAAGACUAGGUCUGCUGUGUGCUCUGUGGUCCAGGUCUGGUUCCGUGAGGCUACCAAAGCUUCUUGGUUAAGGUUCAGAAAAGAUGUUGCUCGCAGUUAAAGGACACUGACUCUG